CAGAAUCCCCUUGAGACAGUUUGAUGAAAAGAAAAAAUGGCGACUUGCUGUUGAUAUUUUUGGUGUGUUGAACAAAAACGCCCCUCGUUUACUUAUCCCAAGAACUUAUUCUAUCGUAAGACCUUCCGAAGUAAGGACUCCAGUAUGACAUCCAUCCUGAAGUUGACCCCCCUGUGUGGUGUCCACGAUGAGACCCCCCUCUGUUACCUGCUGCAGUUCGAUGAGUUCCGUUUCCUGCUGGACUGUGGCUGGGACGAGAAGUUCACCAUGAGCUAUGUGGACAACUUGAAGAAGUAUGCCCACCAGAUUGAUGCAGUGUUAAUCUCCCAUCCCGACCCCCUACACCUGGGUGCCCUGCCGUACAUGGUGGGGAAGUGUGGGGUUAAACUGUCCCAUCUACACAACCAUCCCUGUCUACAAGAUGGGGCAGAUGUUCAUGUAUGACAUCUACCAGUCUCGACAGAACACAGAGGACUUCACCAUCUUCACUCUGGAUGACGUGGACGCAGCUUUUGACAAGAUCGUGCAGCUGAAAUAUUCACAGAAUGUUCCUAUGAAAGGAAAGGGUCAUGGUCUGACCAUCACCCCUCUACCAGCUGGCCACAUGAUUGGUGGAACUGUCUGGAGAAUAGUGAAGGAAGGGGAGGAGGAUGUGGUGUAUGCUGUAGACUAUAACCACAAGAAAGAAAGACAUCUGAAUGGCUGUGUGUUGGACGGGAUCAACAGACCGUGUCUCCUCAUCACAGAUGCCUACAACGCCAACUAUGUUCAGCUCAGAAGGAAACUCAGGGAUGAACAGCUCCUCACGGAGAUUUUCAACACUGUCCGAGAUGACGGGAAUGUGUUAGUGUCCAUCGAUACAGCUGGGAGGGUGCUGGAACUGUCACAACUACUGGAGCAAUACUGGCAGAAUGCAGAGACAGGACUACAGGCCUACAACCUGUGCCUGCUGAACAAUGUAGCCUACAAUGUGGUAGAAUUUGCAAAGUCACAGGUGGAGUGGAUGAGUGACAAGAUCAUGCGGGUGUUUGAAGACAACAGGAACAACCCUUUCCAGUUCAAACACCUGAAGCUGUGUCACAGUCUCAGUGAACUGCACAAGGUCCCUGAUCCCAAGGUUGUCCUUGCCUCUGUACCUGAUCUGGAGUCAGGGUUCUCCCGGGAGUUGUUUGUGCAGUGGUGUCAGAACCAGAAGAACACAGUGGUCCUGACGUCACGGCCCAGCCCAGGCACGCUGGGGAGGAUGCUGAUAGACAAUCCUAAGAUGAAGACAUUUACCUUACAGGCAAGAAAAAGAGUUCGGCUUGAGGGAACAGAACUUGAAGAAUACCUGCAAGAAGAGAAGAAAGAAAAGGAAGAGAAAAAGAGAAGGGAAUCCAAGGCAAAAGGUGAUGAGUCAGACACCAGUGAGAGUGAGGAUGAGAUGGAGGUGGAAGGGUCCAGCUUCCCGGGCGGGGCCAAGGGCGUGGCCAAACAUGACCUGAUGAUGAAGGCGGAGGGCAGCAGGAAGGGAGGCUUCUUCAAACAGGCCAAGAAAGCCUACCCCAUGUUCCCUGCACCUGAGGAGAGGAUCAAGUGGGAUGACUACGGGGAGAUCAUCAAGCCAGAGGACUACAUGGUUGUUGAAAUGACACAGGCUGAAGAGGAGAAAGCCAAAGCAGAAGGAGAAGCAGCUGCUCAAGAAGAAUUUGCAGAAGAACUAACAGAUGUCCCAACGAAAAGUAUUGUACAGGAGCUGACACUGGACAUCAAGUCUCGUGUGGUGUACAUUGACUUUGAGGGCAGAUCAGACGGCGAGUCCAUGAAGAAAAUCUUGUCACAGCUGAAGCCAAGACAGUUGGUUAUAGUCCAUGGAAACAGUGAGUCCACCCUGCUGCUUGCGGAAGUGUGUCGUUCCACAGCUGGGAUGGUCCAGGGGAAGGUCUUCACACCCAAACUGAAUGAGACUGUUGAUGCCACCAUGGAGAGUCACAUCUACCAGGUGAAGCUGAAGGACUCCCUGGUCAGCUCCCUGCAGUUCUUCAAGGCUCGGGACACAGAGCUGGCCUGGGUGGACGGCCAGCUGGACCUGACCACUCCGGCCACGGACACCUCUGCCCUGCUGGAGGAGGGGGAGGUCCAGGAGAUGGAGGAGGAGGAGGAGCAGAAGAAGAAGGGCAAGUCUGCUAAGGCAGCUGCAGAGGAGUCAAGAGAGACAGUCCCUACCCUGGAGGCCUUACCAGUCAGUCAGAUCCCAGGCCACGAUGCCGUGUUCAUCAACAAACCUCGGCUGUCGGACAUCAAACAGGUGCUGCAGAAGGAGGGCAUCCAGGCCGAGUUCUCGGGAGGGGUGCUCAUCUGUAAUAACGUGGUGGCUCUCAAGAGGAAUGAAUCUGGGAGAAUCGGAAUGGAGGGCUGCAUAUGUGAGGAUUACUACAAAGUUCGCAAGCUGCUGUAUGAACAGUAUGCCAUCGUCUGAUUCUACCUACACUCACCACUUCUGUGGUACUAAAGAAAUUCCACUACUUCAACAUUCUUGGGAUAUGAUGUCUACUAACAUCAUUUUGCUAGCCUAAGGUCAAAUGAAUAUGUCACCCUGAAAAAUGGGACUCUAGAGAAGUAGGUACAC